AACAAUGCGGGUGAUAUUCCAAAACAGAACAAGAAGAAACAUUUGCUAGUCAUGAUGGCCCAUCUGCACCAUAAUCCUGUGGAUGAUGUCAUCAAGUACGCUGAAAUGAGCCAGUUGCUCAACAGCGUGGCCUGCAUCCGUCAAACAAUACGAACAAACAGCAAUAACGAGGACGAUGUCUUUACCAUUGUUGUCGGAGACUUUAAUGCACAACCCACCAACCAAGUUUACCGCUUGGCGGUGAUGGGGGGAACACCUACCCUUUCGAGUCUCCAGGAGGAAACCAUGGUCCUCCCCGCCUGGUUGGAGCAACGUCAAGCAUGGCUUCCCUUGUACCAGCAAAUCUACCAACAGACAACCAUGGUUGGAACAUUGGAUAGUGUCUACAGUGUGUACAACGAAAAGGGUGGCGAAUGUGGACAUCCUCGUUACACCAAUUUGACGGACGGUUUCAAAAACAAUAUUGACUACAUCUUGUACGACAAGAGCAAGCUAUGCCCUAUCCGCUUGCUGGAACUGGAUGUCGCAACCUAUGAAAAGGAAGACUAUUUGCCGAGUCAGUUCCAUGCGUCGGAUCAUGUCCCACUUUGGGCGGAGUUUGAAUGUAGGUGA